AUGGCUUUUGUGAAGAUGCGACUGGUAUAUGUCUCGCUGGUGGUCCUGGGCGCCCUCUGUUUGUAUUUUAGCAUGUACAGUCUGACUCUUAAAGGCGAGCCGUUUGUUUUCAAGAAAAGAAAGAGGGAGCUUCCUCAGCUGCCAGAUAUCAACUGCAGGCAGGACCCCUUUCCUGUCCUGCUGGUGACCUCCUCCCACGAACAGUUGUUUGCUCGCAACGUCAUCCGGAACACGUGGGGGAAAGAAAAGAACGUGAGUGGCAAGCUAAAAACGUUCUUCCUCCUGGGAGCCACGGCCAACAAGGACCUGUCGAGACUGGUGGCACAGGAGAGCCAGCAGCAUCGCGACAUUAUCCAGAAGGACUUCAUGGACGCCUACUUCAACUUGACCCUGAAGACCAUGAUGGGCAUAGAGUGGAUUCACCGCUUCUGUCCUCAGGCGGCUUUUGUGAAAACGGACUCCGACAUGUUCGUCAACGUCUACUACCUGACCGAGCUGCUUCUGAAGAAAAACAGAACCACCCGGUUUUUCACCGGCUUCUUAAAACUGAACGAGUUUCCCAUUAGGGACAAGCACAACAAGUGGUUUGUCAGUAAGUACGAAUACCCGUGGGACAAGUACCCGCCCUUCUGCUCGGGCACUGGCUACGUGUUCUCCAGCGAUGUCGCGGGUCAGGUGUACAACGUCUCGGAGAGCGUCCCGUUCAUUAAGCUGGAAGACGUCUUCGUGGGGCUCUGCCUCGCCAAACUGCAAAUCAGGCUGGAGGAACUUCACUCCGAGCAGACCUUCUUCCCGAACGGGUUACGCUUUUCCACGUGUCGUUUUAAGAAGAUCGUGGCCUGCCAUUUCGUCAAGCCUCACCACAUGCUGAGCUAUUGGCAGGCUCUGGAAAAUUCUCUGGGGGAAGAGUGA